AUGGCCCCUCGAAGAUAUACAUGGAUCUCUCUGUGGUUUCUAAUCACUGCCCCAAUCAUUCUGUGGGACGCAAGCUAUGUUCUUAUGCGUCCACGAUCCAUGGAAGGGGGAGAUUUGAGGUGGUUUUGGAGCGGAUUUGACAUGUACGAACGCAUAGAUACUGUUUACAGCGUCAAAGGAUAUCACGAAAAGGCGGGAUUCGCACCUGCAGCAGCAAUAUCAAAUCUGAUUGAAACGUCUCUAAAUGAAUACUUUUGCGGAGGAUGUUCACGAUCGGAGCUGAAUAAACCAUCUGAAAUCCUUAAAUUUUGGGUCGCUCCGAACAUGUAUACGGGGGAGCAGACUACAAAGAUGCUCAAAUUAUACUUCUGGAACUUUGGAUAG